AUGUCCAUGCAGGUGGGAUUGCGCGCCGCGGCGGCGCUCAAGCCGCGUGCUCUCGGCGUGCGCACGCUCGCUACGUCGAAUGGAAAAGAGUACCUUCCGUGGGAAACAUACCUGCGCCUGCGCAACCAGCGCCGCAUCGCCGGCCUCGUUUCGACGGUGCCUGCCAUGAUUCUCGCAGGCGCCGCAUCGGGAUCCUACUUUUUGACGCAGGAGCUCGACCCGAGUCAGACGAUCAUGGGGAUCGACCCCCUGUUUGUGCACAUCGGCGCGACGCUCGCCUGCACGGGCCUCGGCUGGCUCAUCGGGCCGUCGGUCGGCACGGCGGUUUGGUCGCUGAUGCACCGCAGCAAGGCCGCACAGAUCGCGCAGCGUGACCAUGAGUUCUACCAGCACAUCCGCCGUAUGCGCGUCGAUCCGACGCGCCAGGUGGUGCACAACCCCGUGCCGGACUACUAUGGCGAAAAGAUCGGCUCGAUCAAGCAAUACCGCCAGUGGCUCCGUGAUCAGGUAUGUUGA